GUUCUGUGCAGUAAGCAGAGAGAUGUUAAGACAUGUGUCAAUUUCCAAAAUUCCUUGACAUAUUCAAAUAAUUGGCCAUCGGCUUAAAAAAAUUUAAAAUUUCAAGUUCAUAUGAUCGCUUUAUGGCGGAUUCAAAAGGCGAGACAUCGGCAAACGAUGAAAACUACCGUAACAUCGAGGAUAUAAUCGAUUCGAGGAAACUGCUCGGACAAUACAACGCGUUCAAGCAUUCGAAUGGUAUCAACUUUCGAUACGCUUAUUCCAGUUCCUGUGCAGUGGAUAAAUACGAUGAUACCGUAGCACAACUGGAAGGUGAUACGGGCAGCACUUAUCUGAAGCUGACAGAUUCGGAGAUCACGGUGAUUCGAGUCAAAUGUAGCGACCUUAGUCCCAAGACCUUCAGGAACUUUGCCGACAACACUAAACCAGGUGAUGGAGUCCAUUUAGGCGACAGUAACCCUUCAAUGGUCAACUUGGUAACUUUGAUCGGUGCUGGCGCCAGUCAUCCCCUGGGAACUGAAGAAUAUCUGAUCCCUCUUUCUUCGUGGGACCACUACCUCAAACUGGAUGACGUAGUUCAGCCUGCGAAUGAAGGUAAAGCAGCAGACGUAACAGCGAAGCCAGAUGCUUUGACGGUUCAAGAGGAAAAUGAAAAUAUGCUGCUUGAAAAAAGGCUGUCACGAGAUUGUGCAUGCCAGACGCUUCACAAACGUCUUUUCAUAAGGGAACCGCGGACGAAGAGGAUGUCCAGAUUCAUACUGAGGCAUUGUAGUUGUUUUGAAUUCCUGUAUAUGAUAAUAAACCGAAAAUGAAAUGUUUGGUUUCGAUGCCGAUGUACC